AAAAUAUGCCGUGGAAAAAUCAGUCCCCGUUUCCGUAGAUUGAGAAAAAUCGAAACCAAAAUCACCAUCAAGCGCCUCCCCUUUCGACGUCUUCGAGCUUCUCCAAGUUUCUCUCCAAACACCACAAGCAGAGAUGCCAGGGCCAACAAUGGAGGCAGAACUACCAGUGGAACCACAAUCAUUGAAGAAGCUUAGCUUUAAAACCCUAAAACGGGCUCUCGAUCUUUUUUCUCCUCUCCACAAUCAGUUUCCUCCUCCUGACCCCGAAAGCAAGAAGAUACGGAUGAGCCAUAAGCUACACGUUGAGUAUGGGGGGAUAAAAAGUGUGCCUAAUCAGCCUAUCAAGAGUUCCUCACAAAAUCAAGCUACACCUUCAAACUCAAAUGCUCUUGUUCUACCAGGCACUGAAAGUUCUAAGAAGAGUGGUGCUCAGAGUGAUUUAGCCAUUACUCCUGUUCAAUCAAAGAACCCAGGUGAUGGCAAUAUGAGUGGGAGAAGUACUUCCAUCAUUCCUGCUCAUGGGACUUCAGAAAGUAGGAAUCUUUCAACUGCAGCCCUUAUGGAAAGAAUCCCUAGCAGGUGGCCACGUCCUGUAUGGCAUGCUCCAUGGAAGAACUACAGAGUGAUUAGUGGCCAUUUGGGAUGGGUGAGAUCUAUUGCAUUUGAUCCAAGUAAUCAGUGGUUCUGUACUGGAUCCGCAGAUCGAACAAUUAAGAUAUGGGAUGUGGGAUCUGGAAGGUUAAGGCUCACACUAACAGGACACAUAGAACAAGUUCGAGGGCUUGCUGUUAGCAGUAGGCACACUUACAUGUUUUCAGCUGGUGAUGACAAACAAGUUAAAUGCUGGGACCUAGAACAGAACAAGGUUAUUCGUUCAUAUCAUGGGCAUUUAAGUGGUGUAUAUUGCCUUGCCCUUCAUCCCACUAUUGAUGUUCUACUUACUGGAGGCCGUGAUUCUGUUUGCCGGGUGUGGGAUAUUCGUAGCAAGAUGCAAAUCCAUGCUCUUUCUGGCCAUGAUAAUACUGUUUGUUCAGUUUUUACUCGACCUACAGAUCCUCAAGUUGUUACUGGCUCACAUGAUUCGACUAUAAAGUUUUGGGAUCUUAGAUAUGGUAAAACAAUGGCAACUCUUACUCAUCACAAGAAAUCUGUGCGUGCAUUGGCUCAACAUCCUAUUGAGGAUAGUUUUGCUUCUGCAUCAGCUGACAACAUAAAAAAAUUUAGCCUUCCAAGAGGAGAAUUUUUGCACAACAUGCUUUCCCAACAGAAGACAAUAAUUAAUGCAAUGACAGUCAAUGAAGAGGGUGUCUUAGCUACAGGAGGUGACAAUGGGAGUUUAUGGUUUUGGGAUUGGAAAAGUGGUCAUAGUUUUCAACAAUCUCAAACAAUUGUUCAACCAGGGUCAUUGGAUAGUGAGGCUGGAAUUUAUGCAUUAUCUUAUGAUAUGACCGGAUCAAGGCUGGUUACAUGUGAAGCUGACAAAACAAUUAAAAUGUGGAAAGAAGACGAAAAUGCCACUCCAGAAACUCACCCGGUCAACUUCAAACCCCCGAAAGAUAUCCGUAGGUUUUAAACAUGGAGGGGCAUUUUUGGAAGUUUUUGUUUUUAUUGUUAAUUGUGUUGUAAUGUUAAAAAAGUUUAGUUUUGGGAUAUUUGAUAAAAAAAAAGAGAAAAUUAAAUAGUUGUGUGAUAUAAUGAGUGUGGUGACAAAAAUGGGACCAGUGUUUAUUUAGCAUGUCUAGGAAAGAAGGGCCUUUGCAGGUUUGUCAUGAAAAUAUGCUUCCUCAAAGCUUAAGUAGCAUGCAAUUUUCUUUAUUUAUUUACUCAUGUUGUUUGACUUGGUCAAACCUUAACUUUUUGAGGGACCAGAGUGUCCACCUAAAAGAUCACAAUCCAUUUAAACUAA